UAAAGUGAAGUAAUCAUCCUCUGACUGGCCCUCCACUGUGGAACAGGCGUGGAUUGUAUUAGCUUUAUAUGACAAAUGCAUAGUGCAUCAUUGAUGUACUGUAUUUACUAAAACUAUUUUUUGAGUAUUGUGUGCGAGUACAAGUGCCGUACAGAUAGAUUUACGCGGUAACGGAACCCAACAAGGAUGUUUAAGAAAUUUGAUGAGAAGGAAAAUGUGUCCAACUGUAUCCAGCUGAAGACGUCAGUGAUCAAAGGCAUCAAAAAUCAGCUGAUUGAGCAGUUUCCUGACAUCGAGCCAUGGCUCAACCACAUAAUGCCAAAAAAGGACCCUGUCAAAAUAGUCAGAUGCCAUGAACACAUUGAAAUCCUGACAGUGAAUGGAGAACUGCUCUUCUUUAGACAGAGAGAAGGACCAUUUUACCCAACCCUUAGACUGCUGCAUAAAUAUCCUUUUAUUCUUCCACACCAACAAGUAGACAAAGGAGCCAUUAAGUUUGUCCUAAGUGGAGCCAACAUCAUGUGCCCAGGGCUGACAUCACCAGGUGCUAAACUCUACCCAGCUGAUUCUGACACAGUAGUUGCCAUAAUGGCAGAGGGCAAACAACAUGCACUUUGCGUUGGCGUCAUGAAGAUGUCUGCAGAAAACAUAGAGAAAGUCAACAAGGGAAUUGGUAUUGAGAACGUUCACUAUCUGAACGAUGGACUGUGGCACAUGAAGACGUAUAAAUGAUAUCAUCACCUACAAUGCCCCCUUCUUCACGCUGCACACAACCCUAUUCAUCCAUACAGUUUGGAGCUCUCCACAUCACGGCUUGGGCUGCCAGUCAAAUGUUUACACCUUUGAACUUAGCUGUGUGAUUUGAUGGCUUUGAAUCAACCCCCACAAAGCAAAAAUAAAACACAUCUUGCUUAAAA